ACAUCUGCCUCCGAUGAGCAACAGCGCACCCACAAUGAAGACCGUCAUUUGUUUGAUCAUCUGUGCAGUUGCUGUGGACAAGUCACUGGCGGCGAUGGAGGCCGAAGUUGUGAUCCAAGCCGGCACAGACGAGCACGUACAGGGACGCAUCGAGCUCUUCCAGCAGAGCCACGACGAGCCCGUCCAGAUCAAAGGAAGCAUUGAAGGUCUGGCGCCCGGACUACACGGCCUGCACGUGCACGAGAACGGCGAGCUGACCAGCGCCUGCUCCGACGCCGGAUCGCACUUCAACCCGCUCUCCACUGACCACGGCGCUCAACCCAACCUAGAGGACCAACGCCAUAUUGCCGACUUAGGCAACGUCGUUGCCGAUGAGAGCGGCACAGCGCGGUUCGACAUGGCGGAUCAACGGCAGACGCUGUUUGAAGAUGAACGGACGAUCAUGGGCCGGGCGAUCGUCAUCCACGCCCUGGAGGAUGACCUGGGCCUGGGAGGCGACUCCGAGAGCAAGAAAACGGGCAACGCCGGCGCCCGGGUCGGCUGCGGGCUGAUCGUGAUGAAGCAAUAGAGAGCCGGCCAGCAAUCCGAACCACGUGGCUGACAGACAACGCCACAGGAGCUUUGGGUUACGCUGCUCGUUUUUCUGUAUGUGUGUGAGUGUGUAUUUGUGUGCGUGUGUGACGUGCGUUUGCAUGCCAGUGAUGUAAUCUACAUCACUGACAUUGUGGCAGUCAUUGCGGCAGCCAUUUUCAAAUAUCGCAGACACUAGGCGAUAAUAUAUAUGGUAGAGUACGGCCAGCUGACAUCUUGCUCAAUACGUGUUGGAAAUAAACAUAGUUGGAUAGAGA